AUGUCCACUGGCGGCAGGUUCAACUUUGACGAUGGGGGGUCAUACUGCGGAGGGUGGGAGGAGGGCAAGGCGCAUGGCCAUGGGAUCUGCACGGGACCCAAGGGCCAGGGCGAGUACUGCGGGUCCUGGGCCCAUGGCUUUGAGCUGUUGGGUGUCUACACUUGGCCCAGCGGAAACACCUACCAGGGCACCUGGGCUCAGGGCAAGAGACAUGGCGUGGGUGUCGAGAAUAAAGGCCGUUGGGUGUACAAGGGUGAGUGGACGCACGGCUUUAAGGGACGCUACGGCGUACGGGAGAGCACAGGGACCAGCGGGAAGUACGAGGGGACGUGGAACAACGGGCUGCAAGACGGAUACGGAACAGAGACCUACUCAGAUGGAGGAACAUUUCAGGGCCAGUGGGUUGGUGGGAUGCGACAUGGCUACGGCGUUCGUCAGAGUGUCCCCUAUGGCAUGGCGGCCGUCAUUCGCUCCCCACUCCGUACCUCCAUAAACUCUCUCCGCUCCGGUUCGGAGCACAGCAAUGGUACAGCUCUGCUAGACCGGACCGGGGCGGUGGUUCCUGGUCCUCCUCCUGUUCCGGGCACCCUGUCCACCAGCGUCUCCAUGUGCAGUACAGGCAGCAGUGGCAGCAGCCCUGCAGUGUCUCGUGGAGGCUUCGUACUGACGGCACACAGCGAGGCUGAGCUGCUGAAGGGGAAGAGGAAGGGCGGGCUGUUCCGAAGAUCCAUUCUGUCUGGGCUCAAGUUGAGGAAGUCUGAGUCCAGGAGCUCCCUGGCCUCCCAGAGGUCUAAACAGAGCUCGUUCAGGAGCGAGGCUGGGAUGAGUACUGUAUCUUCUGCUGCAUCUGAUAUCAACUCUACUAUCAGUCUCGGAGAUGCAGAUGCAGAGUUGGCAGUGGCUGACGACGAUGUGGAUGCCACGGCAACAGAGACCUACUGUGGGGAGUGGAAGAAUGACAAGCGGACGGGAUUCGGUGUGAGCCGGCGGUCAGACGGGCUGCAGUACGAGGGGGAGUGGCUCAGCAACAAACGCCAUGGCUACGGCUGCACCGCUUUUCCUGAUGGUACAAAAGAGGAAGGGAAGUACAAGCAGAAUAUCCUGGUGAGCGGCAAGAGGAAGAACCUGAUCCCACUACGGGCCAGUAAGAUCAGAGAGAAGGUGGACCGAGCUGUAGAGGGAGCACAGAAGGCAGCUGACAUCGCCCAGAAGAAGUCUGAGAUCGCUCUGUCCAGGACGGCUCAUGCGCAAGGUAAAGCAGAGGCAGCGGUAGGAGCGGCUCAGAAAGCCCAGGAGGAGAGUCGGAUGGCCAGGGUCACCGCCAAGCAGUUCUCCCCCUCUUUCCAGCACCCAGGAAAUGGCAUGGAGGUGCAGCGUCCGAAACGUCAGGUGUCCAGUGAGGUGGAGGGUGAGGGUUUGUCGAGUAGUGCUGGGACCGCAGACAGCCCCGACCUGUAUGUGAAGAGCACGGGCUCGGACGACCCUUCAAAUGCUACCCCUGACCUCAGUCCCCCUUCUUCCUCACCACCCCACACCCCACCUCCCCCCGCCCGGCCGGCCCAGCGCAGCAAGAGUGCCCGCUUCCACCGGCAGACCGCCGUCGACCACUCGGACAGGGGGAAAGAAGCGGCAGAAAGGGGUGAGAAAGGUGGGGGAGCAGGGCAGACGGAGAUCCAGGUGUUGAUGGAGGGAGGCAGCGGGGGAGGGGAAGAUGGCAGAGGAGGGAAGGGGGAGUACUCGCGGGCUAACAGCUGGACCGAGGACAAGAGGAAAGGGAUGCUGUCGAAAGCGGGAGGUGGACGAGGAGCGAGCCGGACCAACGGACACAAACACAGCUCCUCCAAUCACAAGUCUAGGGAGCACAGCUCCUCCAAUCACAGACAGGCCAGGGGAGACAGGUGGACAGAGUCGUCCUCAUCUGCCUCUUGGACGUCCGCGCACAGGGGCGUGCACGGCAGGGGAGGCAGGCUGCUGGAACAGGAUGAGGAGAAAAUCAGCAACUACGAGAUGGAGAUGAAGCCUUUACAGCCCAGAGACUCCACUACCCACAAGCCCCAUGGGCACGGGGAAGAGAAACACGGGCACAGUCAUGCUCAAGGAGAGGGGCGUUCGAACACCGUGCAGCGACAGAGGCACAAGAACCGUGAUGGGAGGGAAGGGAGAGAGGGGAAAGAGGGGAGGGAGGGGGGUAAAGACUCAGCGCACAAGCUGGACAGACCAGGGGAGAAGAUGGAUUCCCGGCCUCUACGUCGGGACCUCACCCUCUCCCCCCCUCUGAGGUCCUCCCCCAUCACGCCAGAGCAGCAGGACCUCAGCCUCAUGCAGACCAAAGGCAACUCGGCCUACAGCUCUAUCCUGGUUGUCAUGGUGAUCCUGCUCAACAUUGGAGUGGCUAUUUUGUUUAUCCACUUUUUUAUUUAA